AUGAACCCUGCAACGAAAAGCAUUUCCUACACUGCUGGGCACGACGUCUUCCAAGCAUCUUGGAUUGGAAAAAUGGAAGUGCAAUACCUUGGAAGGUGGCUCGAUGACUUCUUAUAUUUGGUUCUUGGGAGUAUCCCGUGGCAAAUCUAUUUCCAGCGCGUUCUCUCGGCUUCUUCUCCAAACGAAGGAAGGCUCAUCUCCUACUUUUCUGGACUGGGGUGCUUCAUCAUGGCCAUCCCUUCUGUUGUCAUUGGGGCUGUCGCUGCUUCCACAGACUGGAAUCAGACUGCCUAUGGCCUCCCCAGUCCCAACGACAGAGGAGAGUCUGCCCUUAUUCUCCCACUGGUUCUCUACCAUCUGUGCCCAACGUAUGUCGCCCUUGGUGGCUUGGGCGCCCUGGCUGCUGCCGUGAUGUCUUCGGGCGAUUCUGCCUUGCUCUCUGCUGGUACCUUGUUUGCUCACAACAUAUACAGGAAAGUCUUCAGGAAACAUGCGUCAGAGGAAGAAGUGCUAUGGGCGAUGAGAAUGUCCAUGGUGAUCUUUGGGAUGAUGUCUGCAGGUCUAGCUUUUCACUCCCAUUCCAUUUAUGACCUCUGGUUCCUGAGUGGAGAACUCGUCUACGCUCUCCUCUUCCCCCAGCUCUGCUGCGUCCUCUUCAUUCGCAACACCAACACUUACGGCUCCGCCGCCGGGUUCUUCUUGGGCCUCCUCCUGCGCCUCUUGGCGGGGGAGCCUGCCCUGAACAUCCCCCCGGUCAUCCAUUACCCAGGAUGCUCUCUGGUGGACGGGGCCUACGUCCAGCUGUUCCCAUUUAAGCUGUUCACCAUGCUGGUAUCUCUGCUGACCAUCGUCUCCGUCUCGCAUCUGUCCGCCUUUCUAUUUAAGGCCAAUGUCCUUCCCCGCAGAUGGGACGUCUGUAAGAUCGUGCGAGCUGACAGGGUGGUCAUUUCCUUACCCCAGAGGCGUAAAAGAGUUGCCUGUGCCAGAACAGAGUUUUGAGCAAAUGGGAGACAAAUUGCAUUGGUAUUUUACCCAUGAUCCUUCUUGAAGGAUCCUUAGCUCUUUGAAUGAGGUCAUCUUCCAUGUUGUGUGAUUUGUUGUUGUUGUU